AUGGAGCAGUUAAAGAGGAGUAGGACAAGUUUACGUAUAGCGUUUACAAAAGCGUUAAACACUUUGAAUGCUCUGUUGGACAGUAUUACAGCAGGAACUGCGGAGUUAACGGUGGCUUACACUUUGAUGGCUGAUAAGCAUAAAGAUUUGGAAAAUAUUGCGGAGAAAAUUAUAGGCGAACUGUUUAAGGGCGAGGUAACAGAAGACNAAUUAGUACUUCAAAAUGCCAUGUCGAAGAAAGAAGUACAGCUUUCGAGUUUAUAUGAUAAAAUAGAGUCAUAUUUGAGAGCAUUAGAAACACUCGGUGUAGCGACUGAUAAGUGUGCAGCAAUGCUUUUCCCGUUGGUGGAAUCAUCAUUGCCAGAAGAAUUGCUUAGAGUAUGGCAACGAUCGAAUAGCACCAAUGACUUUAAUGAGUCCGUGAGUUCCUCAGAUGCUUCAAAAACACGGUUAACAAAGUUGAUUAAAUUUUUAGAGUUAGAAGUACAAAACGAGUUGCGUAUUUCAAUGGCCGUGAAAGGGUUUAAUCUUAGAGAUCAAAGUGAAACAGAACGUUCUAAGAAAACCAAGCCACAGACUACAGGAAAAGACAUACCAAGUGCGCGUAGUUUAAUUAACAAGGGCAGAGAGGUUGUCUGCAUAUUUUGUCAAAAGAGUGAUCACGACAGUGCGAAAUGUACUCAGGCAAAGACUAUGUCCCUUGCAGAGAGACAAGAGGUUGUGAAGAGAAAGCGUGCGUGUUUCAAUUGUUUAAAAAUUGGUCACAAUAGGAGAUUUUGUCGGGUGUAUCUCAAAUGCACGAAGUGCGCUCGUCGCCACGUUGACAUUAUGUGCAGAGAAGAAAGUCGGAGUGAUACGCAAAGUGAGAAACCGCAAAAUUCUUUGAGUGCCGUUAAUAUACAGAAAGAAUGCAGUUUAGCUAUAUCGUGUAAUGUGCCGAGUACUUUUAUGCAAACACUAAAAGUUAAAUUACGCAAUGACUCGAGUGAGGUGAUUGUGCGCGCGGUGAUAGACACUGGAUCGCAAAAUUCAUAUAUUAUAAAAGAAAUGGCUGAACGAUUAAAAUAUGAACCAGUGGGGAAGCAAGAUUUAGUGCAUUUACUUUUCGGAGGCGAGAAAACGAACAUCACCACGCACAACAGGUAUUUGAUUCGCGUCGGCAGUCUGGAUGACACAUACAGGUGCAAUUUUCAAGCGCUCGAAGAGGAUCUGAUUUGUGCAGACGUACCGAGUGUAACCAAAGGAGUGUGGCUACAGGAAUUGGACGAGAUUAAUGUUAAGUUAACAGAUGUUUGCAGUGAAGAGAAAACGGUAGCUAUUCUCAUUGGCGCGGACGUGGCAGGAAAAUUGUUUACUGGUAGGAUACACGUGUUAGACAGCGGCUUAACUGCAAUGGAAACACGUUUAGGAUGGACACUUAUGGGUAAAGUACCGACAAUAAAAGGAGACAUAAAUUUGGCCGCGACCACUAUUUCCAUGUACGCCAAAGAAGCGGAUGUUAAGGAUCUUUGGGACCUGGACGUGUUGGGGAUUAGGGAUCCUAUCGAAUGUAAGACACAAAAGCAACACAACGAACACGUGGAAAAAAUGUUUAUAGACGCAGUUACAAAAAAUGCCGAGGGUCGUUAUGAAGUGAGAUUGCCAUGGUUAGAGUGCCAUCCAGAACUUAAGGAUAAUAGGAUGCUAGCUCUUCGAUAG